AUGCCGGCUCCACUCAUGCUCAAAAGGGGCAGAGCCGGGGUCCGCCAGCACCCCCCCCAACCCCCCGUGGGCGGCCCCUUCACUCCCUUCGCCUUCCCUUCUGUCCUAGGCUCCUUCAAUGGCGCCUUGUCCACCGUUCCCGUCCAUGACCUGGGCUCAACUGUCAUCAAGGAAGUCCUGAAGCGGGCCGCUGUGGCCCCCGAAGAGGUGUCGGAGGUCGUUUUUGGACACGUUUUGGCAGCAGGUUGUGGGCAGAAUCCGGUUCGACAAGCCAGUGUGGGAGCAGGGAUCCCCUACUCUGUUCCAGCAUGGAGCUGCCAAAUGAUCUGUGGGUCAGGCCUCAAGGCCGUGUGCCUUGCAGCCCAGUCGAUUCGGAUAGGGGACUCCAGCAUUGUGGUUGCAGGAGGCAUGGAAAAUAUGAGCAAGGCUCCUCACCUGGUUCACUUGAGGACAGGAGUCAAGAUUGGGGAAACACCACUGACUGACAGUAUUCUCCAUGAUGGACUUACAGAUGCAUUUCACAACUACCACAUGGGCAUUACAGCUGAAAAUGUAGCCAAAAAAUGGCAAGUGAAUAGAGAAGAUCAGGACAAGUUGGCAGUUCUGUCCCAGAACAGGACGGAGAGCGCACAGAAAGCUGGCCACUUUGACAAAGAGAUUGUACCAGUGUUUGUGCCUUCUAGAAAAGGUCUUAUUGAAGUUAAAACAGAUGAGUUUCCUCGCCAUGGGAGCAACAUAGAAGCCAUGUCUAAACUAAAGCCUUACUUCCUUACGGAUGGGACAGGAACAGUGACUGCAGCUAAUGCUUCAGGAAUAAAUGAUGGUGCUGCUGCUGUGGUCCUUAUGAAGAAGUCGGAGGCUGAGAACCGUGGGCUGACACCUUUAGCAGAGAUAGUUUCCUGGUCACAAGCAGGAGUGGAGCCUUCCAUUAUGGGAAUAGGACCAAUUCCAGCAAUAAAGCAAGCUGUUGCAAAAGCAGGCUGGUCACUGGAGGAUGUGGACGUAUUUGAAAUCAAUGAAGCCUUUGCAGCCCUCUCAGUUGCAAUAACUAAGGAACUUGGAUUGAACCCAGAGAAGGUCAACAUUCAAGGAGGGGCUAUAGCCCUGGGCCACCCUCUUGGGGCAUCCGGCUGUCGGAUUCUCGUUACCCUGUUACACACAAUGGAGCGAAAGGGUGGGCGUCGUGGUGUUGCUGCCCUAUGCAUUGGGGGUGGGAUGGGGAUAGCAAUGUGUGUUCAGAGAGGGUGAACCUGCUUCAUUAAACUUGAACCUCAUUUCUUUCUACUAAUAAGGCACUAAUAUGUGAAAUCAGGACCAAUGUGAGGGUGGGAGCCAUCUUCCACUUCACAAGAACCCAGGGCUUGAUGGGUGUACUUUUAAUGUAUAAUAUGCAAGGUACAACUGCAUCUUACAGUGUUAUAAAUAAAAGAAACCAGAUCAGUCAU